AGCAUCAGAGUGGAGUUACAGCAGCAGCUCCAGAUCAGGACUUUGGACAGCGCAGCAGAAACAGCUGAAAGAAGACAACUUUCCAUAGAGCACAUGUGUAAAGCGAUGUUACAACGAACCGGACCCCAGCUGCUUUUCCUAAUAGCCCUGUGCAGUGUGUUUUACUCCCGGACUCUAAGUCUGCCAUACACAUCCAUGAGACCGUCGAGACACGCAGACGGUCUGUUCACCAGUGGAUACAGCAAACUGCUCGGACAGCUCUCAGCGCGGAGGUAUCUGGAGUCGCUGAUCGGAAAACGGGUCAGUGACGAGCUGAUGGACGAGCCAGUGAAGCGCCACUCAGAUGCCAUCUUUACAGACAAUUACAGCCGCUUCCGCAAACAGAUGGCCGUGAAGAAGUACCUCAACUCAGUGUUGACAGGGAAGAGAAGCCUAGAAGAUCCUGUAACCAGUGAUCCAGAGGACUCCAUGGAUGAGCCGAACACCUUCCAGGACAGCUAUAGUGACAUAAACGUAGAUCACCUCCUAAACAACUUUCAACUGCCACUUUGAGGAGGGUCCCGUGUUCGAGUGAAUACCUCAAGUCAUCCUCAUGAAACCGCCCAUUCCAAAACAACACAAUAUUAAUCCAAAGGACACUCAAAGGCAAAGCCAAUUCGACAAUGUGUUCUCUAUCUACUCAUACACUCAGCACAUGUUUACACUGUAUAUAUAUGCAGAAAAUAUAUACAACAUGAAAAGAAGAUUCCGGCCAAAGGCUCUUUGGGUCACUUAGAGCAACAUGCAUGUCCACAUCCGUGUUGUUCCACAAGUGUUUGAAAACAACCAGCAACAGGAAGUAGCAUUUUACUUCUAAUAUCAUGGUCAUUUUUUUUUUUUCAAUUCUCGCUUUUUGGAAACCACUGUUAAACUUCAGCUGGACUUUUCCCUUCAGCCUUCAGUGACAUUUUUGACUUGUUGAAUGUUAAUAGAACAGCAUUCAUCUGCAGCAAAGUACAUUUCCUAUUGACUUCACUGAACCAGUAGUAUCUGUAGCUUUUGUUCAGACUGCAUUGCCAGCUCAGUAAACUUUUAAUGGAAAAAGAGCCUGAUUUAAUCUCUUUCAAUCCACUUAUAUCAGUAUUUUUUCAUAGGAGAACCAUAUACCAAGUAAUGUCACUGCUGAAAACUUAAAUUUUAGAAAUUUAAAUUGGACUGCGACAUUACCAUAGCCAUGUUUAUUCUCAAUUAGAAAAUAUUUGUAUAAAAUGAAAUUCAAAGGCACGUGUGUCAUCAAAAAAAAAAAUCUCAUCACAGCCUUUAAAUGUUUGCCCCCUUUGUUCAUCACACUUCUUUUUAAACAUUGAGGGCAGUGAAAGUGAAUGGAUUAGUAUUGACUUCAUCUGUCUCUUUGAAUGUCAGUGGGUCUAUUGUCACGUUUACUUUAAGAGAAAAACUUUUCGGAAUAAAUUUUAAUUAGAGAUAUUUAUGAUCCAUCUAUGACCCACUUUUGUUAAACAGUGGUUCUAUAAAUUCCAAUUGAAUGGCCCCACAGUUAAUUUUAAUACAGAAUUUAAAUGUUUAACUCUCAAAUAGCUGCUAAAAUUAGGAUUUAAUUUGUGUUCUUAUCAUUUUUGUUCCAAGCUGACUGUUGUUCUAUUAACUUCUAAAUGAAAUAUUUAUCACAUCUGGGUAGAACAGGAAAACUUUUCCUUGAGUCAAACAUAUCACAAAAACCCUUUGAACAUCAAUACACAGAUUUCUUUCAAAAUCUUAUUUCUACUACCCCUUUGAUAUGAUGGACACCAUUGUCAAAAUCUUUAAACUUUAAGGUCUUUAAACCCUCAUUAAAUUGUAAUUGAUUCUUUAACAUUGGUGUUAAACUUUCAAAAGGAAACUCUGGAAAUAUUGGCUUCACCCAACUAAACUUCAGCAGCACCACAGAACUUGAGAAACAGACAAUUUUCUUUUUAGAGAAAUAUGACUUUUUCUGCAUCACAUAGUCAAUACAUUGGAACAAAUGUCAACAUCAUCUGUUCUGUUACAAUUUUAGUUUGUAUACCAUUUCAAUGGGGCAACCAUGAUUUUAGUUUGUAUUGAAUUGUUUUUAGAGAAUUCAGUCAUGGUUGUUUGAUGGCAGAAAUGAAAAGGAGGAAGAGGAACACAUUUGAGUGGACGCAAAUGCAUAUAAUCACUUUAUACUAUUCAACAUAUAGAGCAAAUAUGUUAUAACUGAGUAUAGAUCUGCCUUUAGUGCAUAGUGAUGUACACCAG